AUGAUUCGCAACAGGCUUUCCAAUUGCUUCGAUCCCCGGCUUCGGCCUACCCGUGCUGGCCACCAAUCCAUCCAAUCCAUUCGCGGCUCGCUCGCCUGCUGGCAGGCAGAGACAUCCAUCACCAUCGACGACGUCACCCACGUGAUUGACUCCUGCCAUGUGAAGGAGACCCGCUUUUCCCCGCAGAGUUCCACGAGCGUGUUCUCCACGGUCUGGGUGAGCCAGGCCGCCGCCAAGCAGCGCGCGGGCCGCGCCGGGCGCACACGCCCAGGUGUGUGCUGGCGGCUUUGCCGGCCGGACUUUUUCGAGAAGGAUCUGCCCAAGUACACGCUUUGCGAGAUGCAGCGCACCCCCUUGGAGGAGCUGGUGCUGCAACUGCGGCUGCUGGAGCUGGGGGAUCACCCUGGAGACUUCCUGCGAAGGGCCCCUGAGCCGCCCGCACUCGAGGCAGUAGACCGGGCGAUUCGGGCCCUAGUGGCCAUCGGCGCGCUGGAGCACUCCAUGGCGUUGACACCCUUGGGCUUCCACCUGGCACAUAUGCCGGUGGACGUGCGCAUCGGCAAAAUGCUCAUCUACGGGUCCCUUUGCAAGUGCCUGGCGCCGAUUCUGACCAUCGCCGCAUGCCUGUCGCAGAGAUCGCCCUUCAUUCGCAGCUUCAACCGCUCCAAGGAGGAGCAGCAGGUCUCAGAGCGCAAGGCGGCCUGGGGGGACUUGAACAGCGACCAGCUUGCGGCGGCCAAGGCCUACGACAAGUACCAGGAGCCAAAGAGCCAGGGCGACCGGGAGAGCGCGUGGUACGUCUGCGACCGAUUUGGCUUGUCCUCAUCGGUGUUAGAUGAUGUGGCGCAAUUGCGCCAGCAGUUCCUCCGACACCUCGCUGAGACGGGCUUUGCGGAAGCGUCGGGGGAGGACGGCGGAGAGAAGGUGAACGUGUAUCGGAAGGAUCUUUCGCUGGUGCGUUGCGUGCUCUGCGCCGGACUCUUUCCCAACGUGGCGCAAGUGCAGCGCCAGAGCAACGCGCGCGGCACGUACUCCAUCUUCGUGAGCCGGCAGCAGGAACGUUGCGCUCCACACCCCUCGAGCUUGAACUUCAAGCAGGGGAGCGAAUUCGCUGCCAACCACGGGUGGCUGCUCUUUCACGACAAGGUGAAGACGUCGCAGGUCUACCUCCACGACACCACCCUGGUAGGCUCCUUGCCCAUCCUCCUCUUCGGUGGGGAGCUGAAGAUUCUGCCUAAGGAGCGGAAUAAGGUGACGGUGGAUGGCAUGGUCUUUGAAGCAAAGGACGAAAAGGCGGCCGUACUCUUCAAGGAGUUGCGAAGGGAGCUGGAUCGUCUUCUGCUACUGAAAGUCGCGAACCCCUUGGAAGACCUGUCAACGACCGCGGAGCCGCUGUUGCUUUCUGUCACCAAGCUGCUCCAGUGGGAAGACCGGGGCUCCAGCGGGAAAAAGAUACCGCCUCAGGCAACUCACUUUACCCCGACCGCGAUGGGAAGCGUAGUGUUGCCGGUGCUUGCCGGCAUUUUGCUCGCGGAGUGCAGCAAGUUUGAGGAUGCCCCGGCAAGAGCCAGCUCAGUGCUGCAGACCUCACACCAGGUAGCGACCACUCAAGGCUGCAAGAGCUCGGAGGUCUUGUGCGCUGGCAGCUUCUACCCGGUCUUCCCUUGGGACUACGCCUGCUUCCCCCUCUCCGAGGGUUGCCCGGUGGCCUGCGGCACCGGGGAGGUGGUCUGCACCACGCCGCAGAUGUGCGAGAACUGCAGCGCCGUGAAGUACUGCUCCAAGCAGCCCUGCCCGGUGGUUUGUAGCUACCAGGAGCUGCUCUGCGAAGGCGAGAGUUCGGCCCUGAGCUGCGCUCCCCUGGCGGAGGGCUGCCCGGUGGGCUGCGCGCAGACAGACUAUCAGUGCCGCACGCCGGCCAAGUGCCCGGGCUGCGCCGCGGUGAACUGGUGCUCCUCCGGGCCCUGCCCUGCCCUUUGCGAGGACCACGAGGUGUCCUGCCCCGGGCACAAUGGCAGCCAUGGCAACAGCAGCUUUUGCGUGCCCAGCAGCCGGGGCUGUCCCGCCGAGUGUAAGGACCACGAGUACCACUGCCACCGCCCGAGCAAGAAGGGCGAGGCGGGUCUCAACUUUUGCUCGCCCAUUCCUUGCGCACCGAGCUGCAACAAGACGACGGAGGUGGUGUGCGGCUCCAGCAACGGCGCGGAGUUCUGCAUGCCGAAGGCGCAUGGCUGCCCGGUGAACUGCACGAAGCCGCUGCACACAUGCUACUCACCUCCCCCGUGCGAGAACUGCACUGGCAUCAACUGGUGCUCCAAGGAGGAAUGCCCCGCCCUCUGCAACGAGGGCGAAAUCUCCUGUACCAGUCACAACGGCACCAACCUCUGCGUGAACAGAUCCCAGGGCUGCCCCGCGUCCUGCCAUGCCAAAGAGGAGAAGCCUUGCCAUUGGCCGCCGCAGCCGCCCAACUUCCAGGGGAUGAAUUGGUGCUCCUUGGAGCCCUGCCCCGCUGCGUGCAACGAGACAGAGCUGGCCUGCACCAAGGAGGAUGGGACCGGCGUUUGCGUGGCCAAGGCUGAGGGUUGCCCGGUGCACUGCCACGACGGGGAGUUCACCUGCCAUCAGCCGCCGCCGCACGUCGAGGGCUACGGCAGCAAUUGGUGCUCCACCGCCCCCUGCGCGCCCAACUGCACCAAAGAGGAGGUGGCCUGCGGGAACGACGAGAAGGUGUACAGCUGCCACAAGAAGUCGGAGGGCUGCCCGGUGAAGUGCAGCCACCACGAGCAUGAAUGCCAAAGUGCUGCGAACUGCACCGACUGUGUGGCAGUGAACUGGUGCUCCACUGAUCCGUGCCCCAGCACCUGCAAGGCUGACGAGGUCAGCUGCCCUCAUGGCAACAGCACCCUAUGCCGCCCGAAAGCUGAUGGCUGCCCUGCGCAUUGCGAGAAGGAGCAGAACUCAUGCUUCACGCCCCCCGCCUGUGAAGGCUGUGUGGGCAUGCACUGGUGCUCCGAUCACCUCUGCCCCGUAGUGUGCAACUCCACGGAGAUGGGCUGCCUGGCGGAGAACGGCACGGAGUUCUGCGUGGCCACCGCCGAGGGCUGCCCCGUGAGCUGCCGAGAGGAGGAGUAUGUGUGCCAUCUGGCACCCGAGUGCAGCGACUGUGUGGGGACGAACUGGUGUUCGCAGAGCCCGUGCGCGACCACGAUGUGA